AUGGCUGACGAACCCCGACGUUCAGGUCGCGCCACCAAAGGCCAACAUACCAAAGAUCGCGACGGAACCGAAGAUGCACCUGCGACCAAGAAGAAGGGUAAGGGCAAAGGCUCUAAAGGCAAGGUAGUGGAAGAGGAGGUUGAAGAAGUCGAGGAAGCAGCCGAAGAAAUCAUCCGAUGCGUCUGUGGGCAGUACGAAGAGGAGGAAGAUGUCCCUCGAGCUAUGAUCUGCUGUGACAAUUGCUCCGCAUGGCAACACAAUGGAUGUAUGGGUCUUCCAGAAGAUUACGAAGCCGACAAUUACUUUUGCGAACAAUGCAAGCCUGAGACCCAUAAAGAAUUGGUGGCUGCGAUCGCACGUGGUGAGAAGCCUUGGGAAGCAUCAGCAGAGGCCAAGAAAGCCGAGAAGGGCAAGAAGAAAGGUGGACGAAAAGGCAGAAAGUCUGGAGGCACGAGAGCAUCGGAGGCUGCAGCACCAGUCGCCUCACAGGAACCAGAGGAGCCAACGCCACAACCUACACCGCAGCCAACACCGGUCGCAGCCACGGGGCAAAAGCGCAAGUUGGAGGAGUCGCCGGCCGCGCCCGAAAUCAAGAACAAGAAGGUACGAGGAACACCAGCAGUCGACACAAAUGGAUCGAAACCUACACCACCUGCUGAGGACCAAACCCCUGCACCCGCACCCGCGGCGGCUCCAGUUUCAGUUGAGCGCAAACCCAGCCAGUCCUCGACUCCGUCAAGACAGGCCUCGAAAUCAGAGCCUGCGAGUGGUCCUGCCAUUGUAUCUGAUAUCAAGGAGUUGUCGAAUCCCACGAGAAAAGGGGCUGCACAAAGUUUGAUCAAGCUCAUAGAACAGCAGGUCAAAGAGUUGGUGAAACAGGGCCAAUACACUCUUCCCAGCGGCUCUUCCAUCCAAAAUGUUGCCAGCCAGACGGGUCUACGAGUUGAACAUGCCCUCUAUCACAUUCAAGCUGGUGGUAGUGGUGAACCCAAUGACGCCUACAAACAACAAUUACGUGCCAUCACCUUCAACGUUAAGAAGAACCAUGCUCUAGGUGCUAGGCUACUCCAGGGUGAUCUUACACCUCACAAACUUGCCAACAUGGAUCCAACAGAUAUGGCAAGUGAAGAGCAGAAGCGUAAAGACGCGGCGAUUAUGAAGGAAAUGGAAAAACAACACACUAUUAUCGAACAGGAGGGACCUAGGAUUCGGCGAACACACAAAGGCGAAGAGUACGUGGACGAGUCCAGACAGGUAGCAGCAGAAUCAGUCACAUCAAAUGCUCCAGUCCGAAAACCCAGCACGGCCGAACAUGAUGGAGAUGUGAAGAGUCCCGAUCAGACAAUCAAGAGUCCCACGAAACCUUCUCGACCAUCGGUCGACUCUGCGAGACGACAAUCUUCAGCCAAUUUUGACAUUGACAAAGUGUGGUCGAAUGUUGCAAACUCUCCUACAGGUGGGGGAGACGGAGAUGGGCCGCGAUUUGGCGAGCUACCACUUCAACAAUCACCAGUCAUUUCAGCCCGUGACCCAAGCGUUCCAGGUACUAAGGCCGAUGCUGAUAUCGACGAACUCCUCAAGGACGAGGAAGCCGAAUCACCUCCAUAUUCACCUAAAGAUACAACGGAAAAUGACGGCACUAUCUGGCAAGGGUACGUGAAUGGUGGUAGCCUGGGCAAGUUCCACAUCUCUGCCAAACAUGCUGCGGGCGCAACACCCGACAGCGAGACCUUACGCAUGACAUAUCAUCAACUACUACCCGACACGAUCGUUAUCGCUGGACGUAUCCAGCCAUCCAAGGCUGAAGAGUAUCUUUGUGGAUUGGAAUACAGCAACACCUCCGAUCUCGUCAUCGUCUACAUGCCAGAACCAGCUAAAGACACACCUGAUCAAAUCCAAUUCGAGAAGUUUUUCCGCUACUUCAAGUCUAAAGAUCGAUUUGGUGUCGGAACUCCUCAUCCAAUACCGGCAGUUAAGGACGUCUAUCUGAUCCCACUGGAAGCUGGUCAAGAACUGCCCACGUUCGUAAAGAAACUCGAGACCGACUUUCCAGACCCAACCCGCGAACGAAUGCUUCUGAUUCCCAUCGUCAUUAAGAACAGUGAGCUCCCACACAACCUCGCCGGCACAUCUGUUGCCAGUCCUGGAGGUGUCCCCAUUGCACAAACCCCCAUGACACCCCUCGACGGCACCUUUGACUCCCAUCAGACAAGCAGCUAUAGCCAGUCUCCUGCCCCAGGUCACUACGGCUUGAAUGGCACACCACAGAUCCCUGGCUCGAAUUCCGCGACGCCACACCCAUAUCCAACCCCUGGCCCGCAGUCACAACCACCAUACCCGCCCCAACCGCAAUUCAAUCCUAUCCUCCAGCAGCAACAGCAGCCAUCCCCAGCCGUGCUUAACGCUCAACGCGUCCUCGGCCCCCUUGCCACAGCUCCAGCAGUAGUUCAACUCUGCGCACAGGUGCCCACGGCAGGCGAGCACGAGUUCGGCGUGAUCCGGGAAAUAUUGGAGAAGAACCCUGAAGCCGCAAACAGUCUUGAUGUCCUCACGGGCAUGUUGCAGCACUUCUCGGCGGCGCAGAAAUAG